AGUCCAGUCUCCGAGAUAAGUGACUUUGAAAUAGGGUACAACUAAUAUAUAAGUAUUGAUUCUGUUUCUUUUAUUAUUUACUGAAUAUCACUUGUCCUCAUUGCAAACUUUAUAUAGCUCUAUAAAAGUGAGUUUAAUCGGGCCUGUAUUUCUUUUACUGCUGGGGAUAGACAUGAUUAAUUACUACCAUUUCUUCCACUAAUUUAUCUGCUUUUACAUUAGGCACCUGUCCAAUUGUUUCAAAACUUACUCAACUCAUGCUUACUCUAUUAUAACUUUGUCUUUUGUUUCCCUUCGGUUUUAUAGCUGUAUCUGUUUCAUAAAGUAACUGGACAUCUAGUUGCAAAGUUAUAAAAGAGUUUUGUUACAUAAAUCAAGAACAACAACAAUAUUUAUUUGGUGUUCUAAACUGCCUCAUUUUUCAAAAAUGAUCCACACAAAAUUUACUGGUACGGUCUGAUAGGUGACGAACAAUCUGAAAUUGUAGAAAAUUUUUUAACAAAACAAAAGUAGGUCACAUUUUUAGACAAUCUAAUCAAUUAUUGCCCAGGUCAAUGGUUCUCUGAUUCCAUGACAAUGUAAUUGAUUCAGGGUUGGCAAAAACCCGGGUUUUUGACCAAAAACCCAACCCAGCUGGGUUUUUGGGUGGGUUUUUGGGUGAGUUUUUGAUGGGUUUUUGCUAAAGUUUGGUAUAAAUCUUUAGUAAUCAAAGUUUGAUUAAUUUAUAGUUUAUAAUAUAAUAAAGCUAUUUUUCAUUUUUUACAGGUAUAUUUUCUUAUACAAAAGCUUUAUUAAUAAUCAGAUUGCAUUUUUUUAUAAUAUAAAUCUAUUUUUAAAUAGAGUUAUCUUUUUAGUUAAAUUUAAAGUAUAAGUAGAUUAUACGUCUUCAACAUGCCAAAGUAUCAUUUAGGGAGAAGAAAUAAGGCUAGUGAGUGGAAUGAAGUGACCAUAUUAAGUGAUCAACCAAAUAGAGUAAUAUGUAAUUAUUGCAAAGUAAGCAUAAUUAAAAAAAUAGAAAGAGUUAAGAUCCAUUUGGAUAAAUGCAGAAGAAAGAAUAAACGAAGCAAUAAUAAUUCCGCUGAAGUGUUAAGUGAUAUAUCAGUUUUAGAGUCAAGGCCAUCUACAUCUGCAGCAUCAAAUAAGUCUAGCCUGUCUGAUGAUAAUGAGCAAGAUGGUUUAAGCUUUAUUAGUGAUUCUUUUUAUUCGUCAAUUGUUCAGUCAACUGCAUUGACGAUGCAACAGCAAACAUCUAUUUCUAAAUUUGUUACUACAACAACAAGUAAUCAGAAGGAUGAACUGGAUUUACAAGUUGCAAGAUUUUUCUUUUCAGCAAGUAUACCAUUCAACGUAGUAGAAAAUCUUGAAUUUACCAGCUGCUUAAAAAACUUAGACCUGGAUAUGAGCCACCAAAUAGAAAACAGAUAUCUUUAGAACUCUUAGUAAAGAUAAAUGAAGAAGUAAUCAAUUUAAUGAAAAAUGAUCUUGCUGAUGAUAGUGCUGUUACCCUAAUUCAAGAUGGUUGGAGUACAUUCAGUAAUGAUCCUAUAAUUGCUCAUAGCAUCCAUAGUAAAAAUAAACCUUAUCUCAUUUCUGCAUUUGACACUGGAAGCCAAUCAAAAACAGCAGAGUAUUGCGCUCAAGCUGCUAAGGAUGCAAUUAAAAUUGCUAAAGAAACGUUCAAUAAAGAUGUAUUUGCAGUAUGCACUGACAACGAAAAUAAAAUGUCUAAAAUGAGAAAACUUUUGCAGGCUGAAGCCCCUAAGUUGAUAACAUUUGGUUGCUCUGCUCAUUUUUUAAAUUUGGUUGAAAAGGAUGUCUCUCCAAAGUCUAUAGUAAAGCAUAUUAUAGCAAUUCAUAAAUAUUUUCGUAAUCAUCACCAACCACAUGGUUGGUUAUUGGAAAAAGGUGGACUGAUGCCACAGCUACCUAAUGAUACUCGCUGGAACUCCCAACUAGAUUGUUUACAGACAUACAUAUCUAAUCAUUCUCUGUACGUUGAAAUUAGAGGUGAGCAUAUGGAAUCCAUUGAUCCUUCGAUAGGAAGCCUAAUUGACAAUCUAUCAAUACAGAGAGAAGCAAUAAAUUUAUAUGCACAACUGAAAAUUGUUGGUGUUGCGUUAGAUAAGUUGCAAGCAGACGAUACAACUUUGUCUGAAGCAGUUGAGAUUUGGCAAAGUCUCAUACAUAAUGAAAAAUUGGCUUUGUACAAAGAUGAUAUUUUAAAGAGGUUCAAGAAGGCAAUUGUUCCAUGUCAUUUUCUUGCCAAUUUAACAGAUCCAAAAUAUGAAGGAAGAACAUUGGAUAGAAGUCAAGAAGAAGAAGCUGAGGAAUGGUUGAAUGAAGUCUAUCCUGAAUUUAUGCCAGGCUAUUAUGCGUUUAAACUAAAAGAUGCUAAUUGUUUCCCAACAUAUUUAUUCAACGAUAGUGUUAAAAGCACAACAUCAGCAACAAAUUGGUGGAGAAUUAUAGAAAUGAAAGAAUCUAAGUCUUCCAAAUUGCCUGCAAAUUUUGCAAAAUUUUUACGGCAGUUGCACACUUGUCCAGCUAGUACUGGAUCCAUAGAAAGAUUUUUCUCAUCUUUUGGGAUUAUUUGGAGCAAAAUUAGAAAUCGUUUAGGAAGAGAAAAAGCUGAAAUGCUUGUACGAAUUUACAGACAUUUAAGAUCAAGAUGCACAAUUGCUGAUGACUUUUAGAUUACUUUGUUUUAAAUGAUUAAGCUUGAAUAUUAUUGCUCCAAGUAAAAUAAAAUUCUUGUUUAUGA